AUGGCUAAUAAGAUUGUGUUUUUGAUGGCGGUGGUGGUGGUUGCGGUGGUGACAAAGGUGAAGGGGCAAUCACCACCCGAGUGUGUAGCAAAGUUGUAUCCGUGCAAGGGGCAGUUGAACUCAACGAGCCCGUCCAGAGUCUGUUGCUUAGCAUUACAAGAGGUGGUAAGGAAUGACUUUGCUUGCAUUUGCUCGUCCUUCAACAACCCUAGCUUGUUGAAGACAUUCAACAUCACGAGUGCUGAUGCAUAUCGCAUCGCCGAGGCUUGUGGAUCUGACCUUAGUGCUUGCUCAGCUCCCUCUCCUUAUAACCCUUCAGCUUCUAGCAAGAAAGGUGAUAACAUCAAGAUAGCUUGGUUUAGCGUCAUAAGCUCGGUAUUCUCUUGGUUGUCAAUGACAAUGAUUGCAUAA